UUAGCCACCACAAAUUGUACUUGUUGGAAACAAAGUCGACGAGGAGCGAUUACGUAAAGUACAAGUUGAUGCCCAUUGUGCAUUUGCUAAACAACAUGAUCUGAAGGCUUUCUACGUUUCCGCAAAAACAGGCGAUUCAGUAACGAUGAUGUUCCGACGGAAUAUUACCGUAAUCGACGAACUGUUAAUUUGCUGUGUAGCACUGGGCAGAGACAUUCUUGACGAUGUUCAACGUAGCGAUCCACCACAAAUUGUACUUGUUGGAAACAAAGUCGACGAGGAGCGAUUACGUAAAGUACAAGUUGAUGCCCAUUGUGCAUUUGCUAAACAACAUGAUCUGAAGGCUUUCUACGUUUCCGCAAAAACAGGCGAUUCAGUAACGAUGAUGUUCCGGUGA